AAAAUGUGUGAUUGACGUGUCUUCUUUUCAAGUAUUCCAUAUUUCCUUAGUUUACUUUACUUUGCAUUGCUUUUUUUACCAACAUCUGUUUGAUUGGCACAUAACAUACAGAAAAUACGAAUUAUCUUCUACCAAUUUCUGUAAGCUUUAUAUUCGGCUCUGGUCUGUUAGGCUAUGCCAGGGUUUAAGUGUGUAGAGUCUCUGAUAACAACAGGGAUAAAGUAUGAUGAGCAAGCUACAUAGCAUCAAGUUGGGUUUGAAGCUUGGCAACUCUUGACGGUUGCAACACCACUGCGCGUCCAUCACUGGCUACAUACUCAACCAACCAGCUGCAAGUGUAAAAAACCAUCAGAAGAGAUGAUCAGUGGCUCAACACACGAAACCGGUUCAGAACCAUUGCCGGUCCCGCGUCAGGUUGCCGUGGCGGUUGCUUAUCGAUCGAAGACGGCUCAUGAUGGAAUGCCUCAGAUCGAAUAUCUCCUCGUGUCGUCCCGCAAGCAUCUUGGCUCCUGGGUGCUUCCUAAAGGCGGCGUAGAAAAGGAGGAGGUCUCUGAUCAUGGUCUGGCAGCUCUCAGAGAGGCUUGGGAGGAAGGAGGAAUCCGAGGAAAGCUUGGGGACCGACUCCACGUCUCAUCCGAUCCGAAAGCCCACCGAGCGAUCCAGAAGAUCAAGAUUUUCAUCCCGAGGGCAGAGUACAGUUUCUGGCUAAUCAAGGUCGAUGAAGGUGAAGCAGGCGUAUCCAGUUCCUGGCCAGAAGAACACGAACGAGAGCGACGAUGGGUUAGACGGCAGGAGGCUAUCGAUCUGGUCCAAUGGCGACAAGACGGGGCCGUCGAUGCUUUGAUGAAGGUCGACGAGGCCCUCUUGCUUGCUCAGUAACCUAGUAUUGAUCUGCUGUAGUUUCUGUCCAAGCGACAGUCAGCGUUUCUGCGAAGUAUGUGUUCCUCACCGCAACAUGUUGUUCUUCGACAACUGUGAGAUCAAUCCAUACUGUUGUCCAUCAGACCUAGAAUGAAUGCUCACAAUCCAUCGCAGCCUAUUUAUCAAACAAUUACCCCGCUGGAGAGGCGAAACAUGCGUCCAACAGAAAGAGAAAAAGAUGCAGUUCUUCCAAAUCAAGCAAAGAAUCGCUCGUAUGGUAGAGUCCAUAAGUGCCAAUUUUACGAGAAAUCGAUUUACAAGGUACCAUCCAAAAAAUCAUUGUGAAAAACAAGCAACCCGAUUCAAAACAACCCACCCAGCUUCAGGAAGCUUUCAUCAAACAGACAACCCCAAAUAACUGGGUGUGCUCAAGUCAGGCCAUCGAUU